UCUACAGAAUUGAUUCGGACAUCGUUCUCCCAUCUCCUCCUUAUCUCUCAUUCCUUUUCUCACUCUCGAGCCCUUCACAUCCUUCAUAGCCUCGGCAGCACCACCAAGCCCUUGUUUUUGCUCUUUCUGAUCUCAAGUUAGAUCGGCUAGGGUUAGUUUGGAGUCUCCCUGAUCCCAAUGGCGGAGGAAGAGGUUGUGGCUCCGGCAGCUAGCCCCAUCCCCUCGGAUCAUAAGCGCAAACUUGAAGAUUUGGAGCCUGAAGCUCCUCAGCCCACUGAGGCCAACCCUGAACAGGAGGCCGAAGUGAGCGCUGAGCCCGAUGCAGAUAAGAAAGCUGAUGAGGUGGUGGGUGGAGAUUCGCCGGAGGCCAAGCGGCUAAGGGUCGAUGAGGAUAAGCCCGAUGGUUUAGCUAGUGAAAACGGUUUUGAGGGAGCCAAGUCAGAGGAAGACGCAAAGGAAGAGCCAGGUGUUGAGAAUGAGCAAGCAGAGGAUGCUGCUCUUCCUCCAUCUGAGGGGGUUUCUGAAACAACAGGUAAAGAAGAACCUGCCGCAGAUACUCAUGACACUGUUGAUACACAAAAUGCUUCUCUUGAUGACUCGAAGACGGAUGAUGCUGAGAAAAAUGAGGAAUCUGAGAAACAUUCUGAGGAAGACGAGGAUCCUGCAUCUGACACUCAAACUACCUCACGCAAAAUGGAGGUUCCCAAUGAUAAGAAUGAAUUUGGCAGAUGUUUUAUAAAUGCUGCCUUGCAGGUUGGAGUUCUUAUUGGAAAGGGUGGAGAUACAAUUCGUUACCUGCAGUAUAACUCUGGGGCAAAAAUUCAAAUCACAAGGGAUGCUGAUGCUGAUCCUCAAUCCACAACAAGGCCUGUGGAAUUGAUAGGAACUUUAAGUAGCAUAAAAAAGGCUGAGAAGCUCAUUAAUGCUGUCAUAGCAGAGGCUGAUGCUGGUGGUUCCCCAUCCCUUGUAGCUAGGGGCCUUCCUAGUGCACAGACUGGUGGAGUGGGAGAUCAGCUUGAGAUGCAAGUUCCAAAUGAGAAGGUUGGUUUGAUCAUAGGCAGAGGCGGGGACACCAUUAAAGCUCUCCAAGCCAAAUCUGGAGCACGCAUUCAGGUAUUAAUACCACAACAUCUUCCAGAAGGGGAUGGUUCCAAAGAAAGGACAGUGAGAGUGACUGGUGAUAGAAAGCAAAUCGAGAUGGCUAGAGAAAUGAUAAAGGAUGUUAUGAAUCAGACCGUGAGAUCAUCACCUUACUCUGGCAGUUUCAAUCAGCAGCAUUCCUACAGACCCCGUGGACCUACUGGUCCUUCAAAUUGGGGUCCACGAGGUCCUCAUUCAUCGCAGCCAAGUCCUUACGAUUAUCAUCACCGGGGACCAUAUCCUUCUCAAAAUUCACAGUAUCCACCUCCAAGUUAUGGUGGUUAUCCUCCCCAACAAAUGGGCCCAAGAGGUAAUUUUGGUUCUGGAUGGGAGCAGAGGCCUCCAAGCAUGCAGGGGCCAGUUCCGCAUGGUGGAGUUUAUGAUUACUAUGGUGGCCAAGGUGGCCAUGCAUCUGAUCACCCAGUAUCUGGACCAAUUUCUACUCCUGCUUCUGGGCAUGCUCCUGGCCCUUCUGCUACCCCUACCAUGUCCCAUCCUCCAUCGCAGGCAAAUUAUAAUUAUGGCCAGUCACAUGGUCCAGAUUAUGGGCAUCAAGCUCCCUAUUCCCAGGCAGUACCUUCUCAGCAGAGCUAUGGGCAUGGAUAUGAUGAACCGAAGUAUGACAAUCAUGCUCCAAUGCAACAUCCUUAUGGACAUGGAAAUUCUCAACCAGUGUAUGGACAAGCCGGCAAUCAACCAGGGUAUGGGGCCCAGCAGCAGUAUGGAAAGCAACCACCAUAUGGCAUGCCGUCACAGGGACCACCUCCGCAAUCAUAUGGCCCUCCUAGGCCUGGUCAACCUGGAGAUCUGCCUUAUCAAGGUCCUAUUCAAUCCGGUCAAUCAUAUGGUCCAAAUGUUCCGCCUCAGCAGCAGUAUCCUUAUGUCUCUAGUGGGCCCAUGCAACAAUCGUAUCCUCAGUAUGGAUCUGCAUCAGGAGCUGAUGGAUACAAUCAGGCAAUGCCUACUUCUGGUCCUGGCUAUCCACAGCAAGGUGGGCAGCCAGUUCCAUCUUAUGGCCAGUCUGGUGGACAACAGGCAACUGGCUACGUGCAAGGACCAACUGGUGGUUAUGGAUCAUAUCCAUCUUCACAACAAGGUUAUGCAGAACAGGCAGCUCCAAACAGUGCAGGUUAUGGGUAUCAAGGCUCUCAAGAUACUGCAUAUGGCAGUGGCCCUGGAGCAACCUAUAGUGCACCACCAAGCGGUCAGCAGGCUUUUGCUCAGCCAACAGCAACUCAACCAACUUAUGAUCAGUCGGUUCCACAGUCAGGUGGAUAUGGAGCUGCUCCAGGGAGUGCGCCAGUUGGGUAUGGGAAAACCUUGUCUCCCCAGCCUACUUAUCCUCAAUAUGACUCAACAACCCAGAUGUAUGUUGCACCGCGUUGAAAAUUUAGUUGUAGCCUGACAGUGAGUUCGGAUUGGUGAUGCAUAUUGAGCUUUUGCAGUUAGUAUUCCAAAAUGUUAUUAUCUGGGUAGUAUUAGCCUUAAAUAUUUGAUGUUUAGGUCUUUUUCUGACUGCCAAUCGGACAUCUAGAUUAUGUAUCCUCAUAAUGCUAACUUGGAGUGCAGCUAAGUUACUUGUUAUUGCCAAUGCUAUUGUUUUCUUAUUUGCUA